AGGGGUCCCUGCUCGAGGAACUACUGCAGAGCAAGGAUGGCCUGCCAGGUUCCCUGCCCAGGAUGGCUCCUUCUGCUUCUCCUCCUGGGAUGCGGCCAAGGGAGAGCCAAGCCGCUGGCAGAGAUCCAGAGUUUGUCAAAAUUGUUGGAGGAAGGCCUGGAGCCCCCAAGAGGCUUGGAGGAGAUGGACCAGGCGCAGGACGGGUCCCUGAUGGCUGGGGCGCUGGACCAGCCGGAUGUGGUGUUUCUAUGGGCCAGGAACCUGCAGGAGGACGCGGCUUUCCAGCAGCUUUUUGGCGAGUUGCUCAGCGCCGCCAGGAGGCACCAGCCCCGGAGCAAAAAGGGGCGGUGGGGGGGCUGCUUCGGGGCCAAGCUGGACCGGAUUGGAGCCUUCAGUGGGCUGGGAUGCUGAGCCCCAAGCC